AUGUUUGACAAGAAGAAGCGACAACAUGCAACUGCAGAUCUUCCAGAACAGGCGAUGAACGAUUCGCUGAGAGCUGCGCAGGUAAUCUUCCAGAGACAUACGGGAUCGCAAGCUAGUCUUAGUUCAGGGUCCACGGGGAGUGUUAAUCAGACGUCAUCGCGAGCGAAAGCGAGAAAAGCCGGCUAUGGAACAGGAAUAUCGAGACCGGGGCAUCAGCAAGCUUUUCGAAGCAGCAGCAGUGUUCCUAGGAGUGCUCUCUCGCUGGCACCUUCGAGCGGGUCCAGCCAGCAGCAGCUGAGUAGGCCUGUGUCGCCGCUGGCAAGCGGAUCCGCACAUGCAGCAGCGGCAAUGGCCCAUAGCAGAGAGUCGGAUCGGCAGCAGGAAGAGCUUCUGGCGCUGGCAGUGCUCCCGCAAGUGCCGAAACGGGCUCUGUCGUCAAGCAAGAUCGCUCAGGAUUCGGCGAGAAGAAAUCCGAGCAGCGGUGACUUUACUGGCAGCCAUGGAGGCACCCGCGAAAAAUUGCCAGUCAGCAGAAGCCAAACUGCUGCGUUAUCCCCUUCAGCAGCAUCUUUCAUACUGCGGCGGACGGUUUCUCAAGCUUCGUCUGCAUCUCAAUCGCAGUCGGAGGUACGACAGCCGCCCUUACAGCCAGCGAGUACUCCUAGUAGCACGAACACGGUGCCGACUGUGGAUCGGGAAAGGCUCAAGAAGCUUGAAGUAAGGACACUGGCAGGCCGUAUACCGCCGCCAGACAUAUACUUUGAGACCAAGAGCGACGAUGUUGAGCUGGAGCAGGAAAGUGCAGGCAGCGACAAGGAUACGGGAAGCUUCAGCCAACAGCUGUCGUCGUCAUCCAACGGGUCGUCUUCAUCUGCGCUGUCGAUUGCCCUGGACGGUUCCUCUUAUCUGGCGGAUGAAGGAGACCUUGACUUGGAAGAGCAAGAGUCGCAAAGCGAUACAGGGGAAUAUACGGGAAGUGAAAAUGAAAGCCCCGAGCAGUCGCUAAUUCAUUUGCCAGAGCAUGCAUUCUCAGUUUCAAGUCUGCCUGCGGAAUCGGAAGACAACAGCUCAUCGGCCGCAGUUAGGACCAACGCUACCUAUGGCGUGCUGAAUAGACUCGGCCACGGGAAUGUCACAUACCAGGGCACUCUUCCUGAUCUGAUACCGAACCAUACAAGAAGGACAAGAAUUGAGAGAUUUAGAACCAAACUGUUUGGCGCAAAAAGCAGGUCUGACGAAGCCAGCAACAAGGAAUUGUCCAAGUCUAGCGUGACGGCUGAUGAGGACGGGCGAGCCGUGGUAACCACAAAUCACAACCUGCGUUUCAGGACAACGAUGCGCGGCCGUGGGCGCCAUUCGUCAAACGAUUUCGAUAACGCGUACGACGGCGCUCCUGAGCAGCUCGAUAGGACUAUCACUAACAACUAUCACGCUGGCGUUCUGACAGACUCUGACGACGAUGACACGGACUCGAUUGAUGACCAUGAAGACGACAAGAAACGCAAGCGGCGUGCCGCCCGUUUGAAAAGACGACUUAAACAUACCGCUGUACCGUAUUCGCAUCACCUACACCAUCAUGAAACCCGCCAUCACAUGAGCCGUAAGGGCUUCAAUGAAGACAAGCCUUGGAAGUCCCACAAGGACGUAGGAUUCGUUACGCCCGCGGAGCGCAAGCGCUACGAGGGCAUGUGGGUGAGCAACCGGUGUUUGUACCUCGAACUGCUGCCCUGGUGGUCGUCUGUGAUUAGCGGACAAAGCGCGCCGCCGGUCAGUCUUCCAGAGGAUGGCCUGAUCCUUAGUUUAGUGGUAAAGGACAUCUGGGCCCGGUCUAACCUGCCCAACGAUUUACUGCGACAAAUCUACGAAAAAGUCGACACCAGAGGGGACGGUACGCUCGAUAGAAAGUCCUUCAUCGUGGGAAUGUGGCUUGUCGACCAGUGUCUCUACGGACGCAAGUUGCCCAAGAAGAUAAGUCAACAAGUCUGGGAUAGCGUUGACAGAUAUGUCGUCAACGUCCUCAAUUCGACCGCCAUGAAGCACAUGGGCAAGAGCAAGAAGAAACUCAUGAAACAGGAGAUCAAGAACAUCAAGAAGGACAUCAAGAACGUCCAUCUGUGA